AUGGCUUCGUCCAGCUCCUCCAGCACCUCAGGCGGUCUGGUUUCAGAACCAACGAAGACGAUGGUUAAAGCAGAGCCGAUCGCCGUCUGCAAAUAUGCACCAAGACGGGGAAGGGGCGCCACGGUCCACGGCCAGGCCACCGUCGACACCUCCUCGACCUCAGUCUUCCACUCAAGGGAAGAACUGGCUCGUCAGACGGGAAUCCCAGAAGCUCGAAUCCAGGUACGUUCUCCACCCAGCGCAUGGGCCCAGGCCGUGGCCCAGGAGACGGGCGCGUUCAGCCCUGCCAAGCCUUUGGAGCUGGAUACACAUAUGGUUUCAAAACCGAAGAGCUCGGCACCCCCAGCAGAGCGCAAGGGGGCCUGGCAAUGGCCAGGCCCGAGGACCAGGCGGCGCAUCGGCCACGACCGCUCCUGCUCCAGAGGACCGAAGGGCCCCACCCGCUGUCCACAGCACCUCUCCUCCCCUUGGCCCCUCGCAGACACAGGAGAGCAUGCCACCCUUGGCUGCAGCCGCUCCUUUGGGCGCCCCAACCUUCUGGGUGCCCGCGACUGCCUCUGGGGGGCCAUCCUGCCGCCUCUACAGCCUGAGACACACAUCAGGCGGGAGCCGGAGUCACCCGUUGGUGAAGGCACGGCCCCACUGCUAGAGCCACAGCCCCAUCCGCUCAGCCUUCCAAGCUCAACAAACCUCCUAGAUGAGGUCUUGGCGGCCACCGGCAUCCUGGAAAUGCAGGCGCCUUCCGCGGGGGCCGCUGCAGAUGCAGGAGCGCACCCUGCCCUCCCAGGCACACCCAGCUUCCUAGAAGAGUUCGUGGAGGCCACGGGCAUCCCGGACACGCAGGCCCCUUCCCUGGGGGCCGCUGCAGAUGCAGGAGUGCACCCUGCCCUGCCAGACGCACCCAGCUUUCUAGAUGAGCUCAUGGAGGCCCAGGGCAUCACGGAAUGGCAGGCGCCUUCCCCGGGGGCUUCUGCAGAUGCAGGAGAGCACCCUGCCCUCCCAGGUGCACCCAGCUUCCUAGAAGAGUUCGUGGAGGCCACGGGCAUCCCGGACACGCAGGCCCCUUCCCUGGGGGCCGCUGCAGAUGCAGGAGUGCACCCUGCCCUGCCAGACGCACCCAGCUUCCUAGACGAGCUCAUGGAGGCCACAGGCAUCACGGAAUGGCAGGCGCCUUCCCCGGGGGCUGCUGCACAUGCAGGAGAGCACCCUGCCCUCCCAGGUGCACCCAGCUUCCUAGACGAGCUCUUGGAGGCCACGGCAAUUGUGGACUCGCAGGCGCCUUCCCCGGGGGCCGCUGCAGAUGCAGGAGAGCACCUUGCCCUCCCAGGCGCACCCAUCUUUCUAGACGAGCUCUUAGAGGCCACGGGCAUUGUGGACUCGCACGUGCCUUCCCCGGGCACUUCUGCAGAUGCAGGAGUGCACCCUGCCCUCCCAGGCGCACCCAGCUUUCUAGACGAGCUCUUGGAGGCCAUGGGCAUUGCGGACUCGCAGGCGCCUUCCCCGGGGACCGCUGCAGAUGCAGGAGUGCACCCUGCCCUCCCAGGCGCACCCAGCUUCCUAGAUGAGCUCUUGGAGGCCACCGGCGUCCUGGACACGAUGGGGCCUUCCCUGGGGCCCUCUGCAGAUGCAGGAGCACACCUCGCCCUCCCAGGCUCACCCAGCCUCCAAGAUGAGCUCCUGGCCGUCACAUGCAUCCCGGGCUCGCUGGGUCCUUCCCUGGGGUCCUCUCCUGUCAUCCCAGUGUACCAUCCAGCCCUCCCCGAGUCACCCAGCAUCCUAGAUGAAAUCAUGGCUGCCACGUUCAUCCAGGACACGCCCUGGUCUUCACCAGGGGCCGCUGCAGGGGAAGAAGGAGUUGAGGCUCCCCGUGCCGAUCCGCGUCUGGUUUCAGAACCAACGAAGACGAUGGUUAAAGCAGAGCCGAUCGCCGUCUGCAAAUAUGCACCAAGACGGGGAAGGGGCACCACGGUCCACGGCCAGGCCACCGUCGACACCUCCUCGACCUCAGUCUUCUACUCAAGGGAAGAACUGGCUCGUCAGACGGGAAUCCCAGAAGCUCGAAUCCAGGUACGUUCUCCACCCAGCGCAUGGGCCCAGGCCGUGGCCCAGGAGACGGGCGCGUUCAGCCCUGCCAAGCCUUUGGAGCUGGAUACACGGCCCAGGGAUUCGUUCGCAGAAAAUGGCCCUGCAGAACUCACCCUGGGCCUGCCAGAUCAGAGGACGGGCGGCCAGGCGGGGUGUCGAAUGGGUGCCACAGAGGCGCCAACACAGGAGAGCAUGCCACCCUUGGCUGCAGCCGCUCCUUUGGGCGCCCCCACCUUCUGGGUGCCCGCGACUGCCUCUGGGGUCUGUGUGGGCCAGCUGUUGAUGUUCUUCGUGAUCCAGCCCAGCCCGGUGGCUCUCCAGCCAAGGGCCAUCCUGCCGCCUCUACAGCCUGAGACACACAUCAGGCGGGAGCCGGAGUCACCCGUUGGUGAAGGCACGGCCCCACCGCUAGAGCCACAGCCCCAUCCGCCCAGCCUUCCAAGCUCAACAAACCUCCUAGAUGAGGUCUUGGCGGCCACCGGCAUCCUGGAAAUGCAGGCGCCUUCCGCGGGGGCCGCUGCAGAUGCAGGAGCACACCCUGCCCUCCCAGGCACACCCAGCUUCCUAGAAGAGUUCGUGGAGGCCACGGGCAUCCCGGACACGCAGGCCCCUUCCCUGGGGGCCGCUGCAGAUGCAGGAGUGCACCCUGCCCUGCCAGACGCACCCAGCUUUCUAGAUGAGCUCAUGGAGGCCCAGGGCAUCACGGAAUGGCAGGCGCCUUCCCCGGGGGCUUCUGCAGAUGCAGGAGAGCACCCUGCCCUCCCAGGUGCACCCAGCUUCCUAGAAGAGCUCGUGGAGGCCACGGGCAUCCCGGACACGCAGGCCCCUUCCCUGGGGGCCGCUGCAGAUGCAGGAGUGCACCCUGCCCUGCCAGACGCACCCAGCUUCCUAGACGAGCUCAUGGAGGCCACAGGCAUCACGGAAUGGCAGGCGCCUUCCCCGGGGGCUGCUGCACAUGCAGGAGUGCACCCUGCCCUCCCAGGUGCACCCAGCUUCCUAGACGAGCUCUUGGAGGCCACGGCAAUUGUGGACUCGCAGGCGCCUUCCCCGGGGGCCGCUGCAGAUGCAGGAGAGCACCUUGCCCUCCCAGGCGCACCCAUCUUUCUAGACGAGCUCUUGGAGGCCACGGGCAUUGUGGACUCGCACGUGCCUUCCCCGGGCGCUUCUGCAGAUGCAGGAGUGCACCCUGCCCUCCCAGGCGCACCCAGCUUUCUAGACGAGCUCUUGGAGGCCAUGGGCAUUGCGGACUCGCAGGCGCCUUCCCCGGGGACCGCUGCAGAUGCAGGAGUGCACCCUGCCCUCCCAGGCGCACCCAGCUUCCUAGAUGAGCUCUUGGAGGCCACGGGCGUCCUGGACACGAUGGGGCCUUCCCUGGGGCCCUCUGCAGAUGCAGGAGCACAACUCGCCCUCCCAGGCUCACCCAGCCUCCAAGAUGAGCUCCUGGCCGUCACAUGCAUCCCGGGCUCGCUGGGUCUGGUUUCAGAACCAACGAAGACGAUGGUUAAAGCAGAGCCGAUCGCCGUCUGCAAAUAUGCACCAAGACGGGGAAGGGGCGCCACGGUCCACGGCCAGGCCACCGUCGACACCUCCUCGACCUCAGUCUUCCACUCAACGGAAGAACUGGCUCGUCAGACGGGAAUCCCAGAAGCUCGAAUCCAGGUACGUUCUCCACCCAGCGCAUGGGCCCAGGCCGUGGCCCAGGAGACGGGCGCGUUCAGCCCUGCCAAGCCUUUGGAGCUGGAUACACGGCCCAGGGAUUCGUUCGCAGAAAAUGGCCCUGCAGAACUCACCCUGGGCCUGCCAGAUCAGAGGACGGGCGGCCAGGCGGGGUGUCGAAUGGGUGCCACAGAGGCGCCAACACAGGAGAGCAUGCCACCCUUGGCUGCAGCCGCUCCUUUGGGCGCCCCCACCUUCUGGGUGCCCGCGACUGCCUCUGGGGUCUGUGUGGGCCAGCUGUUGAUGUUCUUCGUGAUCCAGCCCAGCCCGGUGGCUCUCCAGCCAAAUGAGGUCUUGGCGGCCACCGGCAUCCUGGAAAUGCAGGCGUCUUCCGCGGGGGCCGCUGCAGAUGCAGGAGCGCACCCUGCCCUCCCAGGCACACCCAGCUUCCUAGAAGAGUUCGUGGAGGCCACGGGCAUCCCCUUCCUAGAAGAGUUCGUGGAGGCCACGGGCAUCCCGGACACGCAGGCCCCUUCCCUGGGGGCGCUGCAGAUGCAGGAGUGCACCCUGCCCUGCCAGACGCACCCAGCUUUCUAG